UUCCUCGAAUAGGCGGUCUAUAAAUCUUAACUAUGACAUGUCUCCAACUAACAUGCACUACUUUGAUAGGCACUAUUUUGUUAGGCAAUGUUUGCCGGUAGACUCUACUUUGUGUACUACUUACUAAUAGCUUAGGUGUAGACCCAAUAGGGUCAUAUCCGCAGUUGUAGAAGCAUAUUAAGUUAUGAAUAAAAUCAUUUUAAACCAGAAAAAAAAUAUCUCCAGCAAAAUAAUUUAAUUUUUAGGAAUAUUGAAUUAUGUAUUUUCCUAUUUUACCCCAUGUGCCUUUUAUUGUUUUGGCGGAAACACAAAAAAGUGGAGAAAUAGAGGUAAAUUGGACCCAAAUACUUAGCUUAUUCCAUGUCCACUUUUGUGCGAAGCACCUUCAGUUUCCAACUUGUACGUUACAGCAGCCUCCUAUUUCUUCCAUCACCUCCUUUAACAUCCUUCUUCUCUUCUCCUUUCCCUCGUCGUUUCCCUUCUUCAAUGGCGAACAAUGGUUUCCACAAACCUUCUUCCUCUUACUCGGCGUUUUCCCAUUCCAAUCCAAGCGGUGGUGGUCGAGGAAGAGGAAAAGGAAGAGGAUUGGACACGAGGGAUAAUAAAGAAAGAUCAGGAGGCCGUGGUGGCGGCUCCGGCAAAGAUAAAAUUGAUGCUCUUGGUAGAUUAUUGACACGCAUUUUGAGGCACAUGGCCUCUGGGCUAAACUUGAAUAUGAGGAAUGAUGGGUAUGUGAAGGUGCAAGAUCUGUUAAAGCUAAACUUAAAAACAUUUGCGAAUGUUCCACUGAGGUCACACACAGUUGAUGAUGUCAAAGAGGCUGUACAGAAGGAUAACAAGCAAAGAUUCGGCCUUUUGGAAGAAAAUGGAGAGCUUUUGAUACGUGCCAACCAAGGCCAUACAGUGAAGAUAGUUGAAACUGAAAGCUUAUUGAAACCGAUCCUUUCAGCUGAUGAAGUUCCAGUUUGUGUACACGGCACUUACAAGAAGAACUUGGAGUCAAUUUUGGAACAUGGGCUCAAACGCAUGAAAAGGUUACAUGUUCAUUUCUCAUGUGGCUUGCCAACAGAUGGUGAAGUAAUUAGUGGAAUGAGGCGAGACGUUAAUGUCCUCAUCUUUCUUGAUGUGAGAAAAGCUUUGGAAGAUGGCAUGAAGCUUUACAUCUCAGAAAACAGAGUUAUCUUGACGGAGGGUUUUGAUGGUGCGGUGCCAGUGAAGUACUUGCAAAAAAUGGAGUCAUGGCCGGAUAGAAAACCUUUGCUAUUAUAGAAUAUGUCGCUUUUUCACUCUCUUCUUACUCCCUUCUUAUCCCUCCGUUCCUAGGAGGAAAAAAGAAGCCGGUUAUGUAAUUGUAAUUGGGUUCAUGAUCUUAUGUGUUUUUCCUAUAAUGUAGUGAGUGAAAUGGAGUAGUUAAGAUCUGCACCACAAAAUGAAUUCCACCUUAUCUCAGAUUGAAAGGAAGUUUUUUAUAUUCAA